ACAACAGACACAGGGACACACUCACUGUUUGGCUUUAGUGUGCGUACGCAACCCGUCGAGAUCAGGGGCGGACAGACUACGAGGUGCAGGUCGACCCGUGAGUCUCCGUGUCUCCACUCCAGGACACAGGUUACACUGAGGGACACCACAGCAGUCCUGCUGAGUUCUGCGAGCCCAGCCAAAGCCACAAUGUCACAGUUCUGUACCAUGCCUGCGGUGGAGAAGAAAAGGUGCGCAGCUGCCAUUUGCCAAGAGGUCCAUGGCAUCAAUGAGUACAAGAUGGACCUGGGGAAGAAGCUGAGCACUCCUAAAGACAUCAUGUUGGAGGAGCUGUCGUUGCUCUCCAACAGAGGUUCACGACUUUUUAAAAUGCGACAAAGGAGAUCUGACAAGUACACGUUUGAAAGUAUCCAGAAUGAGGCGAACACCCUGCUAAAUAAUGACAUUUUGGCUGAGAAUGCACACACUAUUGAAAUUAAAGUGGAGGCGCCCACUAGUGGAGAGGCGGAUAAUGCAGAAAACCAGGUUUCAGAUGUCACUGCAGAGAAGGUAAUCACUACAGCUACACACAAAUGCUAUCACUCUCCCUGGGAGGAGGCCAUUCUCCACGACCCCGAACUUGCAGAAACUCUCAAAUUAAAUAUGCUGACACCAGAAUCACGACAAGAGCUGCCUGAAUACAAGUGCUUCAACCGGGUUGCCACCCCCUUCGGGGGCUUUGACAAAGCUCCGAGGGGAAUUACUUUCAAACUCUCGGAGAUAGACCUGAAUCCACCCAGAUACCCAGAGCUCCAGGAGCCGGGGAUUAAACGACCCACCUUCAACAGGACGGCCCAAGGAUGGAUAUCUGAGGGCACCCACCUCAUCCUACCCACCAUAGUCCUGGAGCCCGCCCAGGUCCCAGAGUCUGACGACCUGUAGACGAUUUAACAAUACCCUGCUGUGAUGACAGGGAGUCGGCCAGUUAGAAACCAUGUUCAUGCCACCAAUGCCACGCUUUUAUUCUUCAGUUGUUUCUUCCACACAGAUGUAAACAAACAGUUCACCAAGAAAACAUUUUUAAAAAAGCAGACAGUAACCCAAGAACCUCAGAGUCUCGGCAAACCCUAAUGAAAAUGUUAAGUUUGUAGAAGUUCAAAUGAAAAGAUGUAAAUAAAAGAAUAUGAUUUAUUUAUAGUUGGCAAAAACCAUUAAAACUGGAACACACAG